AUGACCAGAGUCGACGUCCCAGCCGGCGCCUCAUUGAAAAUGAACCUCGUCGCUCCGCCAUCCCCGUCGAAGCCGAAGCCGGCCACGAUGCCCCUGCGCAUCAUCACCCAUAAUAUUCGCUACGCAACCGGCAACCCCGUCAUCGGCGAGCGCCCCUGGUCCGUCCGCUGUCCUAGGCUCAUCUCCCAGCUUGGCUUCAUCACCGCUGGCCAUGAGAGCCCCUUCAUCUGCCUCCAGGAGUGCCUCCACGGACAGAUUCAGGACAUCCAGGCGCAGCUGGGCGAGAGUUGGGCACAUAUCGGGCGUGGGCGUGGGCAGGGCCCCCGGGACGGCGAGUUCUCGCCCAUCUUCUACCGCCCGGGGACGUGGUCCUGCGAGCGCCAGGAGACGCGCUGGCUCAGCAAGACCCCCGACAGGCCGUCGCGGGGUUGGGAUGCCGUGCUCAACCGCAUCGUCACAAUGGGCGAGUUUUCGCACGUCGUGACAGGGACACGCGUCAUCGUCAUGAGCACUCACUUUGACCAUAUCGGCGUCAAGGCUCGCCAGCACAGCGCGGAGCUGCUCAUCAAGUUCGCCAAAGAGUGGAGCGUCGAGGGUGACGGACCCGCUGCCUCCGUCGCGCUCAUCGGCGGAGACUUCAACAGCGAGCCUUCCGACGGGGCGUACAAGGCCAUGACGGCGCCAGACUCGGGGAUGGCGGACAUCUCGGACCUCGUCCCGGAGAGCCGGCAUUAUGGGAACCACAUUACGUACACGAGCUUUGGGGAGCCGCGGGAGGUACCGAAGCGGAUCGACUUCCUCUUCAUCCAGGAACCCCGGACUGCACAAGUCAAUACGUUUGGCGUCCUGGCAAACAGCUUCGAUGAUCAAAUCCGCGUGUCAGACCAUCGGCCUGUCGUGGCAGACCUGGAUAUUGUAAUUUGA